AUGUCGGCUGAACCAGACCACACGAAGCCGAAGCCGGAUCUCUCAAAAAACCCGGACGGCGCUGAGCCCAAGGAGAACGAUGAGACCGCGACCGCCAUUCUCAAGAAGAAGAAGAAGCCAAACUCGCUGAUCGUUACCGAUGCCGUCAACGAUGACAACUCUAUCAUCGCCCUCUCAAACAACACCAUGGAGACCCUCCAGCUCUUCCGCGGUGACACAGUCCUGGUAAAGGGCAAGAAGCGAAAGGACACCGUCCUCAUCGUGCUCGCUGAUGACGAUCUCGAUGACGGCUCAGCGCGGAUAAACCGUGUUGUUCGCCACAACUUGCGGGUCAAGCACGGCGACGUUAUCACCAUCCACCCGUGCCCCGACAUCAAAUAUGCCAAGCGCAUUGCAGUCCUCCCCAUUGCCGACACUGUCGAGGGUAUCACCGGUUCGCUCUUCGAUGUUUUCCUUGCGCCAUACUUCCGCGAAGCCUACCGACCGGUCCGCCAAGGCGACACCUUCACAGCCCGCGGUGGUAUGCGACAAGUCGAGUUCAAGGUCGUUGAAGUCGACCCACCAGAGUUUGGUAUCGUCGCACAAGAUACCGUCAUCCACUGCGAAGGCGAGCCCAUCCAGCGUGAAGAUGAAGAGGGCAACCUCAACGAGGUCGGCUACGACGACAUUGGUGGCUGCCGAAAGCAGAUGGCACAGAUCCGAGAGUUGGUUGAGCUGCCACUGCGGCAUCCUCAGCUCUUCAAGUCGAUCGGUAUCAAGCCCCCGCGUGGUAUUCUCAUGUACGGCCCUCCUGGUACCGGUAAGACACUGAUGGCUCGUGCCGUUGCAAACGAGACUGGUGCUUUCUUCUUCCUGAUCAAUGGUCCCGAAAUCAUGUCCAAGAUGGCCGGUGAAUCAGAGUCAAAUCUGCGCAAGGCAUUCGAGGAGGCCGAGAAGAACUCGCCCGCCAUCAUCUUCAUUGAUGAAAUCGACUCAAUUGCGCCCAAGCGUGAGAAGACCAACGGUGAGGUCGAGCGCCGUGUUGUCUCUCAACUUCUUACCCUCAUGGACGGCAUGAAGGCUCGCUCCAACGUUGUCGUCAUGGCCGCCACCAACCGUCCCAACUCUAUCGACCCUGCUCUCCGUCGUUUCGGUCGUUUCGACCGUGAGGUCGACAUCGGUAUUCCCGACCCCACCGGCCGUCUCGAAAUCAUGCAGAUCCACACCAAGAACAUGAAGCUUGCCGACGACGUCGACCUGCAGACCAUCGCCGCCGAGACCCACGGUUAUGUCGGUUCGGAUUUGGCGUCGCUGUGCUCUGAGGCUGCCAUGCAGCAGAUUCGUGAGAAGAUGGAUUUGAUCGACCUUGAUGAGGACACCAUCGAUGCCGAAGUGCUCGACUCGCUCGGUGUUACCAUGGAGAACUUCCGUUUCGCUCUCGGCGUAUCUAACCCAUCAGCUCUCCGUGAGGUCGCUGUUGUCGAGGUGCCCAACGUCCGAUGGGAGGACAUUGGUGGUUUGGAGGACGUCAAGCGCGAACUCAUUGAGUCCGUGCAAUAUCCCGUUGACCACCCAGACAAGUUCCUCAAGUUCGGCAUGUCCCCAUCACGAGGUGUGCUCUUCUACGGUCCUCCUGGUACCGGUAAGACGCUUCUUGCCAAGGCUGUCGCCAACGAGUGUGCGGCCAACUUCAUCUCCAUCAAGGGACCCGAACUGCUCUCCAUGUGGUUCGGUGAGUCUGAGAGCAACAUCCGUGACAUCUUCGACAAGGCUCGUGCUGCUGCACCUUGCGUUGUCUUCCUUGAUGAGUUGGACUCUAUUGCCAAGUCGCGUGGUGGAUCUCAAGGCGAUGCUGGCGGUGCUUCGGACCGUGUUGUCAACCAGCUUCUGACUGAGAUGGACGGUAUGACAUCAAAGAAGAACGUGUUCGUCAUUGGCGCUACGAACCGACCGGAGCAGCUCGAUAACGCGCUGUGCCGUCCUGGUCGUCUUGACACGCUUGUCUACGUUCCUCUGCCUGAUCUGGCGUCACGUGUCAGCAUUAUCAAGGCUCAGCUCCGCAAGACACCUGUGGCUGAUGAUGUUGACAUCGACUUCAUUGCGCAAAACACACACGGAUUCUCUGGUGCCGAUCUUGGUUUCGUCACCCAGCGAGCCGUCAAGCUGGCGAUCAAGCAGUCGAUUGCGAUUGACAUUGAGCGUCGCAAGGCUCGCGAGGCUGCUGGCGAGGAUGUCGACAUGGAAGUUGACGAGGAGGAUCCCGUACCUGUGCUGACCAAGGCGCACUUUGAGGAGGCUAUGCGUUCUGCCCGUCGUUCGGUGACCGAUGUCGAGAUCCGCCGAUAUGAGGCCUUUGCGCAAUCAAUGAAGAACUCUGGCGGCUCCAGCUUCUUCCGCUUCCCUGACGCGGAGAACGCCGCGGCUGGUGGCGACCAGAACACAUUUGGAGCUGGUGGCGAGGACGAGGACCUGUACAACUAA